UCACGCGAGCAGCAACACCAUGCCUGAACCAGCUAAAACCGCGCCUAAGAAGGGAUCCAAGAAAGCCGUAACGAAGACGGCAGGCAAAGGUGGCAAGAAGCGCAGAAAGACCAGGAAGGAGAGUUACGCCAUCUACGUGUACAAAGUGCUGAAGCAGGUGCACCCUGAUACCGGGAUCUCCUCUAAGGCUAUGGGCAUCAUGAACUCGUUUGUCAACGAUAUUUUUGAGCGCAUCGCCGGUGAGUCUUCUCGUCUGGCUCAUUACAACAAGCGCUCCACCAUCACCUCUAGAGAGAUCCAGACUGCCGUGCGUCUGUUGCUUCCCGGAGAGUUGGCCAAGCACGCCGUGUCUGAGGGCACCAAGGCCGUCACCAAGUACACCAGCUCCAAGUAAAGCGCGUCACCGCUGUCUUUAUCAACACAAAGGCUCUUUUAAGAGCCGCC